AGUACGAGGACUUUCAAAACAACUGGAAUCGAUUCAAUGAUCAUUAUGCUAGACGCUACUAUGAGAGACUUUUUACUUGGCUGAGCACAAAGAUCAUAGUUCCAUUGAAUAAUUCUAUAAAGAAAGUUAAUGCACACCUUGCCGAAAUUAAUACUGAUUUAUCUAAAUGCACUCCUCAAUUGAUGGCAAUUUUAAUGCUACACCCCUCUGUAGCCUCGGUAACUAAAUAUUUAAACAUACACAUACAUACAGAUAUAUAUAUAUAACAUAUAAUAAUGGGGUGAGUUUGGCAUUUAACUAAUGCCUUGUCUUUAGGAUCAUGAAUCCCUUCCUUUGGGACUAGUUCAGUCUAUGAUUAACCUCCCAGGAUUUCAAACAGAUGAAGGAAGAAAACACGUUAUUGACCGCGUAAUAGACCUCGCAAACAGCAAGCGCAUGGCUGCAUUCCGUUACUUUGACAAGGGUCCUAUGCCCACAGACUCUGAAAUUCUGUAUCAUGUAUUCAAGCAAUACCUCGACUAUGCAAUGCCACAAGUGAUUCCUCCAUUAAUCGAUUUCCCUAUCAAUGAUGAUGUGGUCAAGUUCCUUUUGGUAUUCUUUUAUGUAACUCCAGAGCUUAAACGUGAUAUCUUUCAUUUGUAAAUAAAUAAAUAAAUAAAACUAUCCUCGCUUUUGUCGAAAGGAUCAG